AUGAGAAGAAAUACAGACAUGUUGGCAAAGCUGAUGAUCUUUCUUGUGGAUCUCACAGUUGCUCUGGCCCUUUUUGUUACCCUAUACGCUGUUUACUUAAUUGCAGCUGUAGGUAUUUUUAUCUCAGUCCUUUUCUGUAUUUAUAAAAAGGAGAUGGAAAAGAGCUGCGAUUUCAACCAGAGCAGAGUCUGGGUACUGGAUUCUAGCAAUGCUACUAGGAAACCAUUUGUGGACAGCGCAGAGAAAGUCUGUUCCAGGAAGUUUCCUGCUCAUUUCCCAGCUGUAAAGAGCAAGUGCCUUUCUGCCCAAGGACAGUGAUUCUCUCUUCUGAAGAGCAAGAGCUGUCUAUGGAGGGAGAGCCAUGUAAGGAGACUACCGUGACGCUGCACCCACCCAACCUAGAGGCAUAUUUUAAGACCCGGCGGAGCCCAUGGACACACACACCCUUCCCUGCUGCCCCGCGCGCCGGCUCGCCUGCUCUGCCCAAAGGGACACCAUUUACUCCUGGGUGCCCCAGCCGGGCCCGGGAGCCCAGGGUCGCGGCUGGGGCCCGCCCCAAGAGCCAGACGACGUCCCUGGAGAUCCGGGAGCAUCAGUGCCAGAUCCGUGGCUCCUGAUCUUCCAGACUGCUAAGAGUUUCUGUUUUGGUCCAGACAACGUUUUUAAGAAGCUGUUCAAGCAUGGCUUUAGCAGAUAGGAGACUCGAGAACUUGCAGAUCUACAAACUUCUUCAGUGUGUUCGGAACAAAGAUAGGAAGCAGAUAGAGAAGCUGACCAAGCUUGGAUACCCUGAACUAAUCAAUUUCACCGACCCCAUUGAUGGACUCAGUGCCCUGCACUUAGCCUCAGUUUCCAAUGACACUGAUAUGGUCAGCUUUCUCCUGGGACUGGGUGCUCACCCUGAUGUGCAAGACCGGAUGGGCUGUACACCCACCAUGAGGGCUGCAGAACUGGGCCACGAACUGUCGAUGGAAAUAUUAGCCAAGGCGAAGGCCGAUAUGACUAUAGUGGAUAAUGAAGGAAAAGGCAUUUUGUUUUACUGCAUUUUACCUACGAAGCGGCAUUAUCGCUGUGCUCUGAUUGCCCUUGAAUAUGGUGCAGAUGUCAACAAUUGUACCUUUGAUGGAAAACCAGUAUUCCUUAAAGCCUGUGAAACUGCACAUGAUGUUAAAGAUGUCUGCCUGACAUUCUUGGAAAAAGGAGCCAAUCCCAAUGCUAUCUACUCAUCCACAGGCCGAACGGUUUUAAUGGAAGUGUCAAGAGAAGGAGUGUUGGAACUAGUCCGAGGCAUAUUGGAAAGAGGAGGUGAAGUGAAUGCAUUUGACAAUGACAGACAUAACGCUGCUCACUUUGCUGCUAAAGGAGGCUUUUUUGAUAUAUUGAAGCUUCUUUUUGCCCACAAUGGAGACCUAGGGCUGAUUGCAAUGAAUGGGAACACACCACUUCAUUACGCUGCCAUGGGUGGUUUUACAGAAUGCUGUAAAUAUAUAGCUCAACGAGGAUGUGACCUGAAAUGGAAGAAUUUAGAACAUAAAACACCCAGAGCUGUGGCGAAGGACGCAGGCUUCAAAGUCGCAAGCAAAGAAAUUUAUCGAGCAGAGAGAAUCGCUAAUAGACUGGCCAAACCAGGAGUUAAAAACCCCAAUCCGCUCUGGGCCCUUAGGCUGCACGACUGGUCCAUAGAGCACGAGACUUUCCUCCGGGAAGCCUUCGCCGUUGUGGACCGGGGCGAUGGGACGGUCUCCAAGGAGGACUUCGUGAUGACGCUGGAGGACAGGCAGGACUUUGCGAGCCCGGACCUGCUCCUGACCGUAGCUCAACUUCACGAAAAGACCCGGGGAGCGGGGGUCAACGUGAAUGAGUUCUUUAAAGGAACCAAAUAUUUAAGCAAGUCUUUUGUACUGGGAUCUUACGGGGUUAAGAAAAAGAAAAAAGGGAUGGGCAAAAAAGUAAGGAAAGGCAAGUUUGUCCUGCCCCUCCCAGUCUGCGUGAUCCCCGAGGAGGCGUUCCCGCGCCGGCCGGACGGCGGCCCGCCCUACUACAUGCUGGAGACCUACAAGAACGUCACCGACACCAAUCGCUUCAACGGGGACCACCCGCCCGAGCACCCGGUUCAGGACGACUCCGCCUGGUACAUCGACGACCCGGGCAAGGUGUACGAGAACAUUAACUUCAUCACCAAGGCCGGGGACUUGGCUUCCCUGAAAAAGGCUUUUGAAUCGGGCAUCCCUGUGGAUAUGAAGGAUAAUUAUUACAAAACACCAUUGAUGACGGCCUGUGCGAGCGGGAACAUAGACGUGGUCAAGUUUCUCCUGGAGAAAGGAGCUAACGUUAAUGCAACAGAUAAUUUUCUGUGGACUCCACUUCAUUUUGCAUGCCAUGCGGGCCAACAAGAUAUUGUUGAGCUUCUUGUUAAAGCUGGAGCUUCAAUAGAUGCACUUUCAAUCAACAACUCAACUCCUUUAACUAGAGCCAUUGAAAGCUGCAGGCUGGAUACUGUAAAAUACCUACUUGAUAUCGGUGCUAAAUUUCAGCUGGAAAAUAGAAAAGGACAUAGUGCCAUGGAUGUUGCAAAGGCAUAUGCUGAUUAUAGAGUAAUUGGCCUGAUUAAAGAAAAGCUAGAUAACUUACCCAAACCAGCAGAAAAUCAAAAAAUGAAGGGCAGGCAAUCUGCUAAAAUGAAGACUGAAGGCCCUGAAGUGAAGAAAGAAGAGGAAGGACUUUCAUCAAUUUAUACUGUACCACCCAUACCAGAGGGAAAGAAAAUACAGAAGGAUAAUGUGGUUUCUCUCAAUUCCCUGAUUACCAGUGGUCAUACCAAGAAAGUGGAUAUCACAUUUAUUCCACAGAGAGUUUGGAGUCCUGAACCCACAACAGCAGACCUGAUUAGGAAGCGGGAACUACGGCGGGAAAGGUUUACUUAUGAGGUGGACUUUGAAGAUUUUAUGAUGCCUUUUCAGAAGAACAUCACAGAGAAAGCUCGAGCAAUGGAAGCUGCUUUAAAGAUCUAAACCACAGCAGUUACUCCUUAGAAUUAAUGCUUUGAGGCCCGGGGAACAGAGUUUGGAGACAGUAGAGCGUUCCAUCAAAGCUCCAGCUAUCCAUAUGUUAAGAAUAUGUCACCAAGUAUUUGCUUUUGCUUUAACAACUAUAAAUAUUCUGAGAUGUCGAGA